AUGGGGCCAUAUCAGGAGUGGAACAAAACGAAAAAGGAGAAAGAAAAAAAAACGUACAACACCGGGUAUUCGCUAAUGGUCACCCACUUAACUACUAAUCCGGCCCUUACGAGUUUAAAUAGGCGAGAGCGGACGGGAUCGCUUGCUUUCUCGUAG